AUUAUUUCAGGCGCUUAGCAAAGGCAGUCGGUGUUUAGGAUUCAAAUAUUCAGCACAUACGUUGGGUUGAUAUUAUGAAAUCCGGAGAGUGCAAUUUAUUUUUUGCAUUGAUCAUAAAUUUGUGUUUGGUGAUUUCACAAACAAAUGCCGAUGCGGUCAAAACUUGGAUGCCAAACACGAACUACUGGGAUCCAAUGAAUUGGGAUGUGAAGCGCAUGCCGUGCCGAAACGAUCUCGUCAUAUUUCCAUCAAGUUUGUCGGCCUCUAUUGCACUCCAUCCCGGUGCCACCAGCGUCAAGGGAAUCGUGUUGCCCACCACAGGCGAACUUCUGUUGAGUAACGGGGACCUCAUCUUAACCGGCCUGCAAAAUGCAUCAGGCUGCAUUGGAGAAGAUGUUGAAUUUACUGGUGGUGAAGCACGGUACUGGUUAGACCCAGGAAAUUGGAAUGGCCCAAGCGGAGAACCUUUGAAAGGCGGACAAAAUUCACCCAUUCCACACAGCGAAAGAAUUCCUUGCGAAACUGACCAGGUCAUAUUCUUGAACGGCGGCACUUUUCAGGUCCAGUUGCCUGACGUGCCCGUCAAAGUCGGUGCUGUGAAUAUUGAGGGAAAGGAUGUUUCGCUAGAACAAUUGCAUGAGUUGGUCUUAGAUGACACGGGCUUCCAUUUAUUCAAAGGCGACGCUUCGCAACUGGAAAUUACGAAUGAACUGUGCCAGGAUCCGCGGGGCUGCAUAUGCAACGCCGAUCUGCACCCGUUGACGUGGCAGCGCAUUUGUUCAUUCGAGAGUGUCCGUUGCGCUCUGCCCAUGUGCGAAAAUCCAAUUAAGCCCAAAGGAUUCUGCUGCCCCAUUUGUGGAGCGGCGAUCUACAUUUCUUUCAAAGGCAGUUGGCCAAGAAUGAAGCAAAUGAUUGAGAGCAUGAUCGACUACAAUCAGGAAAAGGGGACAUACCCUGUCCUGUAUCAUAUCAGCAGAGUUGGCAAAAAUGAACUCCAAGUUGUUCUAAGAGACCCAAAUAUUUACACGAGUGCAAGCGUUGCCCUCGCUCUUGUUUUGCAAAAGCAGUUUGAAACGGUCAGCUUCGAAACUACACCUUAUACUAGAACGACAUAUUCAGGAGAUCCCGUAACAUCUUGGGGCACUACAAGUGCGAUUAUUUCAAAAAUCCUCCUGGCCGCAGUUUUAGUUCUUGGCGUGGCUUUUGCAAUCAAUCAUUUGUCUAACAAAACGGGAAGAACUGUUCCUGCUGAAUUCAUUCAGCCCUCGUUCCUAUUUGCAAGAUUUGAAAACACGGCAGCUGAAGGCGAGGUGGAAAUCACGCAGCAAGCAUUUCAUAACCCUAUGUUUGAUAUAAGAGCGAGGUCGGUCAACUCUUUAGAGGGAAUAACUUUUAAGGAGCUGGAAGACCAGGAAAAUCUCUCGGAAGAAAUUUCCUCACAAUCAACCGAGAGGACAUUUAGUCUUGAAGAAUAAUACAAUUUUAUUCUCCUAUAUAUUAUAUUCUAAACACGUAAUUUGCCAAAAAGCGCAAGACAAUAAAAUUCUUAAGUAAUAAUCUA